UCCGACUUGGAGACGGAGUUCGGAUGCUCAGUGCACGCGCUGCCGAGUGCUCUGCUAAGCUGACAGACAGUAAAAGCUCAAACUGCAGGUAGAGGAAGAAAAAACAAAAACUUUUAGGUUUCCCUGGUGAACUCCGGCGCGUCCCGCUUCUUCCCGCAGCGGGGUGGAUCCGACGCACAGACUUGUUGCCCCAGCUGAGCUCUGAGGGGCCCUCGGCUGUUGUGGUUGCGUGUCCGACAGACAAGUCAGCGACAGGACUUAAAGCCUGCUGUAAGGAUGAUGUCCUACAUAAAGCAACCCCAUUACACCAUGAACGGGUUAAAUUUGCCUGGUCCCGGAAUGGAUGUGCUGCACACAACCGUCGCUUAUCCGUCCACUCCCCGGAAGCAGCGUAGAGAGCGCACCACCUUCACCCGGACACAGCUGGACAUCCUGGAGGCACUGUUCUCCAAGACCCGCUACCCAGACAUCUUCAUGAGGGAGGAGGUUGCCCUGAAGAUCAACCUGCCUGAGUCACGUGUGCAGGUUUGGUUCAAAAACCGCCGUGCCAAGUGCCGUCAGCAGCAGCAGCAGAGCAGUGGCCAGUCCAAGCCCCGCCCUCCCAAAAAGAAGGCCUCGCCAGUGCAGGAACCCAGCGCCCCUGAUCCUGUUCCUAACCCAUCUGGCUCCUACAGCCCCUCCUCUGCCCAGUCAGACCCCAGCCUGGCCCCGAGCUCCAGCACUGGAAACACUGCCGUGUCCAUCUGGAGUCCCGCCAUCUCGCCCCUGCCCGACCCCCUGGCCUCCUCCUCGGCCCCCUGCAUGCAGCGGCCCUCACCUUACCCUAUGAGCUACGGCCAGCCGUCGGCCUACAGCCAGGGCUACGCCAGCACCACCUCCUACUUCACCGGCCUUGACUGCAGCGCUUACCUGUCCCCCAUGCAUUCGCAGCUGUCAGGCACUGUGGGCGCCCUCAGCCCCAUCACCGUGCCCUCGAUGGGGGGGUCACUAAGCCAGUCCCCGGCCUCGCUGUCCUCACAGGGCUACAGCACUGCCUCCUCCCUGGGCUUCACCUCUGUUGACUGCCUGGACUACAAGGACCAGCAGGCCUGGAAACUGGGCUUCACCACAAUGGACUGCCUGGACCACAAGGACCAAAACUCCUGGAAGUUCCAGGUCCUCUAGAAAGCGAGAAAGGGUGGCGUUCAUGUGCAUCAACAUGUCGUGUGUGUCAAUGAGUUCCAUGUGAGAUAGGGUGAAGCAGUUCAGCCAGAGGACCCGUUUUCUUUGAUUUUCAGUUUCUUGUUUGUAAGAUUUUCUUUUCUUUUCUAAAGGUGACCACUGUAGACAUGCAUUUAGUUUGAAUGACUUUGGCGAUGAAGGGACCAGUGACUGUCAUCAAUGCUGCCUGACUGAAAAUCGUAUCUGUUGUCUUCUUCAUGCUACGUUAAAUAAGAGAACACAAGCCUUCAAAGAGUUUGUAGGAAAACACUGGAGUCGCCGCAUGUAAGGAAACCCACUGAGCCGUCUCUUGUUUUAAUGUGACUGUCUGACUCAGACACGUACGCACUACACAUGUUUCAUUUUGUUUUAAACUUGCAUCGUCAUAGAGUGAAAAGAGAGCUGCUUUGACAGGAAGGAGCUCUGAAGUCCUAUAGGUCACUUCCUCCUUCAGGGUUUAAUUAUUUUAAGCUAUUUAUUAUUAUUUUACGCUACAUUUAAAUAUGUAAUUUGGUUGCGUCUAGAAGUGUUUGAGCAUUUGUGUUGCAUAUUACA